CCGCGGGGACACGGAGGGCAUCUCGCGAGAUCGCGCCGCGCCGCCGUCGCUGUGGAGACGAGUUCCCUGGCAUGGCGGCCGUGAUGCCGCGCCGCCGCGCUACCUUCGCUGCUCCGCUCCGCAAGCGGCGAGGGCCUCAGAAGCGGCCGCGCCGCCUGCCCCCGCCCGUGCUUCGCCGUUGCCGCCCGACCGCCGGGAAAAGCAACGGGGUCGAGGCGGACGGAUGGCGCGAUUUUGCCGCCUCCUUCGUCGCUGCCGGCCUAGUCAAGCCCACCGAGGUUGAGCAGCCGCCCAAGGAGUCGUUGACGGCGGUGGAGGCCAAGGAAGGCAGCGCGGUGUUGCUAUUACCUCAAGGGCAGAGCCUGACAUUCAAUGGGAAGUGUUGCCUGACAUGCCUGUAUGGGUCCGUGCGAGUGUUUGGAUUCAAUAUUGUUCCAGAUCAGCCUCCAUACAACCUCUUUUCCCCUCAUACGCACUGUGCCCUCUCCAUUGAAGCGGUCGCCUAUAAGGAGUCAGAAAAAUCCAAGAAAGAGAUGAAAACAGAGGCUAGGUCCAUCCUGAGAGCCCACCUCGUGCCACGAGAUGCGAGAAUCAAGCUGAUGAAAAGCUUUGUCCCCCAGUGUUCCAUGGUACUGUUGGAGCAUCUGGACACUCCAGUGACAAGGUUCAUUCUCAGCCACUCGGAUUUUUCCCAUGUUUUCAGAACAAAGAAACAAAAAGUUCCCUGUUUCAUCCCAGAAGAUGCAGCCCUCACUUCCACUGGCAUUAAGAGGCAGGAUCCAGGGUGUGGCCUGCUCAUGUCGAAGAGCUCGCUUUCAGCCAUUGAUGAGUUGGUCAAAGCAUGCCAGGAGGAAGAUGAAGGUUGCCCUGUCAUCCUAGUUUGUGGCCCCAAAAGUGUGGGCAAGUCCACUUUUAACAGAUACCUGAUUAAUCUUCUCCUAAACCGCCUUCCCUGCAUUGAAUUUUUGGAAUGCGAUCUGGGGCAGACAGAGUUCACGCCCCCUGGCUGUAUUUCUCUAAUUAAUGUGACGGAACCAUUUCUGGGUCCGCCGUUCAUGCACUUGCGUACACCCCGCAAAAUGGUAUACUUUGGUGAAACCAAUUGUGAACAGGAGACUGAAAGAUACCUUGACUCACUGAAGUAUGUGUUCAGUGCCUAUGAGAGGGAUGUGCCUCUGGUCAUCAAUACCAUGGGAUGGGUGAAAGGUGCUGGAUUGCUCCUUCUGAUAGACAUAAUUCGGUUGUUGUCGCCCAGUCACAUCGUUCAGAUCAGUGCAGACAACUUCAGAGACAUGCCUCAGCUUUCCCCAGAGUAUACCUGUAGCUCCACAGGCUUGCAUACAAAAGGCAAAGUGCCCCUCAAAUGCAAGAGCCUGGCAAGUGGGACAGAUGACUCAGAGCUGUGCAGGGGCCAAGGAGACUUCCGCCCACCGCAUUCUGGGCAUAAGCUGCUGUGUGUACAGCCAGAGUUUCCUGGAGCAGGGGUUGCUGGUGAUGGGCGAACCCACAGUAGCGUUCUCCGAGACAUGGCAGUCCUAGGAUACUUGGGCCAGUUGCAGCCCUCCAGCAUAGAAUUGGUGCUACCUUUGCACAGCCUGGUACCCUAUCAGGUACCCUUCAGUGCUGUCUCCGUCAAGGUUAUCCAUACAGAUGUGGCUCCUUCCCACAUACUGUAUUCUGUCAACGCCAGCUGGGUUGGUCUCUGCCAGGUACCAGAUGAGGUCCGGUGUAAAGUUGACGGGCCGGUCUUAUUAACACAGAUUCCAAUCUGCGAUUGCCUGGGCUUUGGAAUUGUCCGGGGGGUGGAUGUGGUCAAGAAACUCUAUCACAUUCUAACUCCAGUACCUCCAGAGAAUUUGCGAUUGGUGAAUUGUUUACUGAUUGGAAAUAUCCCUGUUCCUAAUUGUGUGUUCCUGAACCAAGCGGGAAUUGAAGGGGAGAUACCAUACGUCACAUCAGAAUAUAACUAUGGCAUUUCAGGUGCUGGGAAAUUGAAAAUGAAAAAGCAUCUCAAAAGGAGAGAGCAUAUUCACCCAUGAGCUGUUGGCAGGGACUGGUUUGGAGAACGUGGCCUGUUCUUAGGGGACCUCCCACCAGAAAGAAGUGACAGUAUUCACAGCUGAUAGUAUAAUGCUGGUCCACUGAGUCUUUGUUAUACUGUGUUCUUUUUUUACGUAUAUUUUUAAAAUUAAAU